AAUCGUCAGCGCAUGUCGGCCUCGCCUCAGCCGGGCCUUUGGACGGGAGCUGGCAAGGUCGUCAGGCUCCAUGGCUCCAUGGCUCCCUCUCUUCUCCCCUACUCCUCUCUGCUCCUGCUACGACUUCUGCCACUGUUACUAGUAUUGCGACUGCACCAUGGAGCUACUGCUUUCUCGACUCGCACCAUAACGAAUUCACCACGGCGCCGCCUCUAGGCGCGACAAGACAAGGAUGCUGACGCAGCCCCUGCGGUGCAGGGCCCAUCCUCCGCCAUCACGGCCGGCCUGUUCGAUCUGGAGUCGAUCCGGCAUUGUUCUUCUCCCUAGGGCCCUUCAGCUGCGCACCUACGCUUCCUCCUCCUCCACCUCCACCUCCCCCUCCCCCUCCCCCUCCUCUCCUCUGCGCCAUAAGAACUCAGCUGGUCCCUCCGUCUCCCCUGCUUCCUUUCCUGUCGUUUUCUCCAAUGCCCCCCUCCGUCCUCCCGCCCCUCGUCCGACUCUAAUCCCGUCCAUCACCACCACCUCCUCCUCCGUCACCUCCGUCACCUUGCCUCCAAUGGCUACCCAAACCAGAGACCACGGUGGCCACAGUGGUCACCAUCACCACCACCAUCAUCACGGCAAUGUAUACCUGACCUCCACAAAUAAGUAUGACGCCGGCGUGCGGAUCACCCGGCUCGGCCUCGUGGCCAAUCUCGCCAUGGCCAUUGGGAAGUUCAUCGGAGGCUACGUGUUCCAUUCCCAGGCUCUCAUCGCCGACGCCUACCACGCCCUCACAGAUCUGGUGUCCGAUUUCCUGACAUUAGGCACAGUCGCCUGGUCGCUGAAGCCCCCGAGCGAGCGAUUUCCCAACGGGUACGGCAAGAUCGAGAGCAUCGGCGCGCUCGGGGUGAGCGGGCUGUUGCUCUGUGGAGGUGUGUUCAUGGGUCUCAAUUCCGGCCAGGUCCUGCUGGAUCAGUUCUACCCCGAGGCUGCCGAGGCGUUUGCCCAUGUGGGUGCUCUGGGCCAUAGUCACUCCCACUCACACAGUCACGGCGUCGAGGCCCUGGGGCCGAGCAUUCAUGCGGCCUGGCUGGCUGCGGGGUCAAUCGUAGUCAAGGAAUGGCUCUACCAUGCUACCAUGAAAGUUGCGACGGAACGCAAGUCCUCCGUCUUAGCCUCUAAUGCUAUCCACCACCGCAUCGAUUCCCUCACCAGCAUUGUCGCCCUCUUUACGAUCGGAGGCACAUACUUUUUCCAGGAUGCUUCCUGGUUGGACCCGGUGGGUGGCCUCCUGAUCUCGUUAAUGGUCAUCAAAGCUGGCUGGGGAAACACAAAGACGUCGCUGCUGGAGCUGGCGGAUACCACGGUGGACGACGAUAUCAAGGCGUCGGUCCGGAAGACCGCGACCAAGGUGCUGGCGGGACUGGAGGCCGGGGGCGCGAUCAAGGUGCGCGAUGUGCAGGGCAUGAAGUCGGGGCAGAACUACCUCAUGGACGUCGAGAUCGCCGUGCCGGGCGCAUGGUCCAUUGUCCAGGCUCGCCAAGUCGAGGAAUCGAUUCGGACUGCCGUCGGAGAAGGAGUGCGUGGCGUUAAGCGCCUCAAGAUCCGGUUCAUUCCCCUGGAGCACGAGGAGUUGACCUUUUCGGAGGAAUUCAUAUCUGCGGAUGUCGCAUCCCAGGUGCGUCCCGAGCCGGAGGAGGAUGAACAUGACCACGAUCAUGACCAUGACCAUGACCAUGAUCAUGAUAACGAACCCCGCAAAAGACGUUGAGCGGGUGGGUUCUUUUUUGUUUAUGAUGUGCACAGGGACCAGCGCGGACAAUGCCUCAUUCCAUAGUUCUCUCAGUCUAGCGCUCUGACUUCCCGGGAUUGGAUGAUGUCUAUGACGGAUCACAGGCGAUCCGUCCACGGACCAGCUGUUGAAUAGAAUAGAGGGUGGGAGGGAAUAAAUAGAAGGGAUCAGUCGGUGUGUUUAUAUCUCUAUAGCCAAGACGGCCACGGAACCGGCCAAAUUCAG